AUGAAGUUCUUCGGGUGGAUGCAGAACAAGUUAAAUGCGAAACAGGGGAAUCAAAACAGAACAAGCAUUUCCUCUGCUUGUUCUCAUCAUGUGAAGCAAGAGCCAAGAGAGGAGUUUAGCGACUGGCCUCACGCGCUGCUCGCUAUUGGAACAUUCGGAACCACAAGCAACGGUGUGAACGAAAACAAGAGCAACAAUGUUUGUGAAGAGAUCGAAGCAGAGAAGAACUCUAUUUCGCAAUUCGAACAAGAAGAAGAGCCAUCUUCAUUUGAUGAUAUUGGGGAUUUUACUCCCGAGGAGGUUGGGAAGUUGCAGAAGGAGUUGAUGAAACUCUUGUCAAGAACUAAGAAAAGGAAGUCAGAUGUGAAUAGAGAGCUCAUGAAAAAUCUUCCUUUGGAUAGAUUCUUAAAUUGUCCAUCGAGUUUAGAGGUCGAGAGGCGAAUUAGCAAUGCGCUUUGCGCUGUUGUGGAUUCGUCUGAGGAGAAUAAGGAGGAACAUAUGGAGCGAACGAUUAACGCUAUUCUAGGUAGAUGCAAAGAGAUAUCGAUAGAAACUAAGAAAAAAAGAGACAUAAGCAAGACGUCUAUCUCAUAUCUUUUUAAGAAGAUAUUUGUCUGCACAGAUGGAUUUUCUAUAUCCCCGAGCCCUAGCUUGAGAGACACGCUUCAAGAAUCGAGAAUGGAGAAGUUGUUGAAAAUGAUGCUACAUAAGAAGAUUAAUAAUGCUCAAGCCUCCUCGAAACCAACAUCAUCGACAACAAAGAGAAACUUGGAAGAAAAGAAACAGUUAUCUAUGAAGAGUGAAGAAGAAGAAGAAACCAACGAAAGAAGAAGUAGUAGCGACGGACAUAAAUGGGUCAAAACAGAUUCUGACUUCAUAGUUCUUGAGAUCUGAUCUUCCUUCAAGCCCUUGCAAGAAUCUAUUCAGAGUACAGAUUCAAACUCUUGGAUGAGAAAAUUCAAAAGAAAUAAUGAAACUAGUCGCUUAUUCCUGAGCAAAUUUUUGGUGC